AUGAAGCGCAAUUAUCCUUACACUGGGCCUGGCUCGCAGGGGCAAGGUGCGUCGCAGCCAGCCUAUGGCCAGCCGCCGCCGCCUGCUGGUCCAGCUCCACCACUACCAUCCUCGGGCCUAUCUCAAGGUGCUUGUGCUAACUACGGAUACGGCUCUGUUGCGCCCGCACGUAACACAGCUCCUCCCUCGAACGGUGCUCAUCCUCCGCAAUGGAAUCAGCAGUGGCCACAACCACAGCAACCGCAGCAGCCUUACUAUCCACCACAGCAGCCUAAUGCUGUCAGCGCACCCGGCGCAGGCCAAUUUGCAGGGCCACGUCCUCCUUCGCAGCCAAGGCCCUAUCGUCCCGUGGCCGGUCCCAUCGCAAAUUCUUCCUCCGUGAGCCAGAGUGCAGCUUACAGUCCUCACCAGCCUCAGCAAUCCGUGCCCUACUCGUAUCAACCUCAGGCUUCUCCCAUGCACUCUCAGUCCGCUUCGUCGCAUCAUCAUCAGCCAGUCGCGCCUCCCGCUUAUGGAUACACUCCGCCAAUGACUCCGAACCAGAAUCUUUCCCCUUCGCCGCAUAGCAGCAAUGUCCAGAGUUGGCCUGGUGCAUAUGCUCCAGGCAGUCAGGUGGGUCCGCCGAACAAAAAGCCACGCUAUCAGGCUCCUGCCGCGAAUGCUCCAGCACCGCCAACUCAAUAUGGCCCACCUGGUGUCGUGCCCAUGGCACCCGCCGGAGGCCAUAUGGCUGUUGGUGCAAUGAACCAAUACCAUCCGCCGCCGCAGCAGCAGUACGGCUGGCAAGGACCUCACCCAACUCCCCCGCAGCAGAUGAAUCAGCAGCCCGUCCCAGGUCCUUCAGCUCCGCACGGUCGAGUGCCAUCAGUAAAUGGCUUCAACGCCAAUGUUCCCAGCCAAGGAGCUCCAUUCGUACCUCCGAUCAGGAACGAUACGGGAGGAAAGGGAGCUGGCGGUGUCGGUGGUGGAAUGAAUCGAAAAGGUGCUCAGAAUCGCGGAAGCAUGCAGACUGGCCAGCGUGCUGGACUUCCGGCCAAUCCGACGGCCUCUGUCAAUGCCGCGCGCGCGCCCAAUGGUCAGACGCGCGCCUGGGGUGCUUCUGGCACCGGCGAUCCGUCCGAUCGGCGUGUGUCUUCUGCUAGUUCCGUGCACAGCGACAAGGCGCUUCUGCCUGGUCAAGCGAAGAAGGCAGUCCCAGGCUCGAAGGUCGUGAUCCCUCCGAAUGCUCCACGUGGGCCGAGCAAUGCUAGGAACCAAAUGGCGCCGAACGCGCCCGCGACAGCUUCUCAGAUUUCGAAAGGUGGCGGUGCAGCUGCACAGAGCGCAGCUGUGGCUGCUUCCGCCUCUGGAGACAUCGGAGCCAAAGACAAUGCGGCUAGCUCGAAGCGAGCCCACACCGACUUUCGUAUUCUGGGCUUGGAGAUCAAGCAGCUGGACUGGUCAUGGUUUGCUCCCAGUGCCCUGGCGAAAGCAGAAGAUAGUAGCCGUGAUCCGACGAAUGAGGAACCCGACUCGACUCAGAACCCGGACGAAGGUGCACAAGAGGCAAAAGUAGCCUUUGCCGUUGCUGCCGUCGAAGACCUCUCUUCGAAGGGUCACGACGCCGAGGCUGAAGCCUCGCACGCGCAAGGCAGUGCUCGGCCUGAUGGUCGCAACGACGAAUCGAACGAGACCAAAGGCGAGAAUUCUGCCAAAGACGAGCAUGCCGAUACAAACAUCCCGGACCGGGGCAACGCGGGCGAAGUUGCAGGCAUUGACGCUUCGGACGCUGCUGAUGCCGCCGCGGAUGCUGAUGAUGAUGGUGAUGUUGAUGCUGAUGCUGUUGCCGAUGCAGACGCGGAUGCUGAUGGUGACGAUGACGCCGAUGCCCACGCCGGUGAUGACGAAGGCGAUCCAAAAGCAGAGGGCGAAGACGCGCAGGACGCAGGGGACAAUGUCUCUAUGUCUCACGCCGACGAGACUGCGCCUUCCGAGCACCAGCAUUCGGUAGCAUCCACGCCUGAGCCGAGCAGCGAACGGUCGAAGGACCCGGCUGCCAAAGACAGCGGCUCUGCAGCGCAGAAGGGUCCCAAAUCGAAGGCCGAAGGAGCGAAACUUGCGGCGAAUCUUCGAGAUUCAACUAAGCUUCGCCUCUGUUUCGCUGCUAUGUCCAAUGCGGGGCCCGAAGGCGCUCCCACUGGUCCGAAGUCUUCCAAGAUGCAGGCUCUGAAGACCGAGACUGAAAGCAAUUUCCAGGAAGAGACGAUAGCCGAAUUGACAGUGCCAGAUCCGAAUACUACGGAAGAAGCAGAGGCGCGGGAGCCAAGUACGGCUGAGACCAAAGCUGACGACGUAGGACUCGCACAGGAACUUACCGAGAUCAAGAGCGAGCCCGAGCAGCCUCUAGUACAGACGAGAGAGGACAACAUUGCGUUGGGCUCUGACGACGCAGAGGCUCCUCCCGCCAACACGUCUACCGAGCUUGCUGAUGCAACAACGGCCGUAACAGACGCCAAUGUCAAGGAGAAGAAGAAGGAAGACGUCGAAGAGGGUGGAGCAGCCGAGAAGAACGUGGCGGUCAAGCAGGAGGAUGAUGAACAAAUCGACCAGAUCGCUGCCGAACAUCAAGACGACGAAACCACAAGCGAAGCGGACAAGAACAAAAAGUCACGAUUGACAGCCGAGCCGAGCCCUCCAGCAAAAGGACCACCUCAACUCUCCUUGAAUCGCAUCUUCCUCUCCUUUGCCGCCAACAGGAAGCGCCUCGCUAUCGACGCCGAGGCGGUCAAGUCGGUCAAGAUCCAUCGUUCAGAACACUGGAUUGAGAUCUGCAUCGACGCAUCGCAACAGGACGACCACGCUCAUCGAAAAAAGGGCGGGGAGUACCUCGUCUGCCGCGGUUCGUUGCUCGAGAAGCGAACCAAGGGGCAGGAGAACUACACAGCGGUAUCAAGAACGGACAUUGCCGCCGCCUGGGAUGCUGCCAACGGCGACGCUUCGGACGAUGAUCAUCUCGAGCUGCCACCCUUCUUCCGUCUCCCCUCGUCGUCCCCGGAGCUGGUCCUUCACGUGCGGCUAGACCCCUCCGCGCCACUACCCGAACCAGCCUGGCUGCGGAAAAACGACGUCGCCGAGCUGCUCGCGAAUCUCCAGCGCGGGAGCAGCGCCAUCGCGGGCCAAUCGGAUACGGCAGUCUCCGUGGCGACGGCGCAGCACGUCUGGGCGGGCAAAAUCCAAGUCCUCGAUCCAGACCCGCCACCGUCCAUGUCGACAUUCAUGUACGAGUGGGUCAAGGGGUCGUUUAUCGGGAGUCAAAAGGAGAGGCGGAAGUUCGUUGACGAGCUGCUCGGCAAGACAGCAGUAAAGGUGGAGGGGACCAUGGUGAAGGUCGAGGAGGGAGCAGACGCGGACAAUGAGCGAGACGCCCGAGUAGCUCGCAGCUUCGUAGAGAUCGUCCUGCGUCUCAUCAAAGGCGAGCGCGUGACGUCUACCAUCGAUUCAAGCGUCUUCACUGCCGCCCUGGCCUCGACCUCCUAUACGUCAUCCACCACCUAUCCGGGCCUAUUCAUGCUCGGUCUGCUUGAAGUGGCCCUCGCUGCCGAUCCUGCCCAGGUGCGAGAGCAGGUGGAUCGCAUGCUGAUGGCCUUCCCGCGCGCAACACUGGUCAAGGCGGUCGAUCUGACGUGGAAAGACGUCGUCGAGUCGGGGAGGAAGGGCGAGGCUCCCAUCCCUGCAGCUGCACCAGCACCGGCGAGACCAGCCGGAUCGCAGCGUCGACAGCACCAGAAUGGGCGACAGCAUCAUCACGGAGGAGGCGCGCAGAACCGACACGGCAAGCGAAAGCGCGGUUGA